AUCACCUUUAAGCUUCCGUGUGCCCGUGGGUAAUCCCUCUCUGCGGACUGACAGAUUUGAUGGCAACGGCUCUUAAGCAGCCUGUUUUACGUCAGGCUCUAGGGUGGACUCCCCUGGCUGAGGGGACCUUUGGGCAGCCGGAGACCGAGGGAGGUGGUAGCGAUGGCGGCUGGACCAAGCGGAGGGCUUGGGCCGGCGUUUGGGCUGAGGUUGCUGUUGGCGACUGUGCUGCAAGCGAUGUCUGCCUUCGGGGCAGAGUUUUCAUCAGAGGCUUGCAGAGAGUUAGGCUUCUCCAGCAACUUGCUCUGCAGCUCCUGUGAUCUUCUUGGACAGUUCAACCUGCUUCAGCUGGAUCCUGACUGUAGAGGAUGCUGUCAGGAAGAAGCACAAUUUGAAAACAAAAAGCUAUAUGCAGGAGCUAUUCUUGAAGUCUGUGGAUGAAAAUUGGGGAGGUUCCCACAAGUCCAAGCUUUUGUCAGAAGUGAUAAACCCAAACUAUUCAGAGGACUGCAAAUCAAGUAUGUUCGUGGUUCAGACCCUGUACUAAAGCUUUUGGAUGACAAUGGGAACAUUGCUGAAGAACUAAGCAUCCUCAAAUGGAACACAGACAGUGUCGAAGAAUUUCUGAGUGAAAAGUUGGAACGCAUAUAAAUUUUGAUUAAAUUGUGUCCUAUGCUUUUGUGACCUUAUCAAAUGUUAGAAUACCUAGAAAAUAAUUUAGCUUUGCUUCCAUCCUUUGAUCAGUCUUUUACUGUGAGGCAGUAAACAUCUAAUUAAAAGUUGAAGUGGCAGCACAGCACAGGAUAUCUAAGGACUUGGCAAGUUUCACAAAUUCAUGUUUUAUAAAUUUCUAGCCUCCUACAUUUGUUGGUACCACUAACAGAGUGCUUUGUAAUAGACUUGUGGUUAAUUAUGCAAAUGAUAGUUUGUGAUAAUUGGUCCAGUUUUACAAACUACAGAUUUUUAAAUUAGGGAGGUUAAUAAGGGAGAUGAUUACUACUGUGCCUCAUAUGCUGUGUGCUCUUUGAAAGUAAUGACAAUAAGCUACAAAGCAAAUAAGAUAGACCGAGCCUCAACAGGUUGCUUGAUCCUCAGAUUUUCUCAUAUUUUUGUAUUCCCCAGCUUUCCUUUUAAUAGAAUCGCUAUAGUAUAUAAUGAAUGAACUGCAUAAAAACUUUAUGGCUUUGUUAUUGUGAAACAGAUUCAAGAUCUACUGUAAGGAUGAAAUAUUCACAGAUUUGCGUUAAUGAAGACUACACAGAAAACCUUUUUCAGGAUUUGUGUGGAUCUGAUAUUUAGCAAAUUCUUGUGCUUUACAUUCUUACAGAAAAGUCAUUUAAAGAUGAUUAUUUGUAAGACCAAAAUAUAAAUUAAAAGUUUCAAAAAUCUGAAUUUGAAA